GUUCAGGGAUUUCGGAAAUGAAGACCAUUCUACGAGGAGUAUUACUGAAAGAAUAUCUCACCUUCAGGACCUUCGUGGCUAAAGUCAUCAGUCUCGCUUUUGCCUUGGGUAGUGGUAUGCCCCUUGGCAAAGAGGCUCCCUUUGUACACAUCGCCAGUUUGUGUGGCGCUCUCCUCUGCAAGUUGCCUGUGUUUCGAGGAAUCUAUGAGAAUGAGUCCAGGUACAGAGAGAUGCUAGCAGCAGCCUGUGCUGUGGGAGUAGGCUGCGUUCUUGCUGCGCCCGUAGGAGGUGUGCUCUUCAGUAUUGAAGUAACAUUCACAUUCUUUGCUGUGAGGAGCUAUUGGAGAGGGUUUUUUUCCGUCACCAUCGCUGCCUUCUUUUUCAGGGUAUUGGCUGUGUGGUACAAAGACGAAGAGACCGUCACAGCCCUCUUUAGAACCCAUUUCCAGGUAGACUUUCCCUUUGACCUCAAGGAGAUGCCUGCCUUCGCUUUGCUUGGUAUUAUCAGUGGUUUUGGUGGGGCUUUGUUUGUCUACCUAAACCGACGGAUUGCCCUGUUCAUCAAGAAACAGAAGCUCUUCAACACAUUCCUCAUGAAAAA